AAAAGCUCUUGUUGGGUGAUAAACUAAUAAUAUACUAUCUUCUACAAAUUUGUUUGAGCAACAUCGUUUUGUCUGUGAUUGUAACUACUGGUCUUUAGGGUUUGUGUGUUGAAGAGAGAAAAGAUGGACUCUGGAUUAAGUAAUGAGAAUCCAGUUGUCUACCUGAAGAAACAACGACGUCUUCGUACUGAUCGAAGCAACACCGAUGAGUUCUCAAGAGAACCAAUAGACCAGCUCGAGAUUUUUGAUAUCCUCUAAUUUUUCUUAUAAUUCGUAACAAAUUGCAUAUUCUCAUCAUUAUCUUUAUUAUAGGAUCAACUUCUUUUUUUUUUUCUCUUAACAAUCUACAAAUCAUAUAAAAGAUAUCAAAGAUCCAGAGUAUCCUAUGCAAUCUCUGGAAGAUCUCCGUAUAGUUACAGAAGAAUCAGUUGAAGUUGAUGAUGACAAGAGUUACGUUAGAAUUACAUUCAGACCAACUGUUCCACAUUGUCACUUGCCAAACUUAAUUGGUGUUUGCAUCUACGCAAAGCUUCUAAAAAGCCUUCCUGCUCGAUUCAAGGUUGAUAUAAGAGUAGCACCAGGGAGUCAUGCAACUGAGGCUUCAGUCAAUAAACGAUUAGGAGAUAAAGAGCGUAUAGCGGCAGCACUUGAGAAUCCUGACAUUAUGAGUUUGCUCAACUAAUGCUUACAAGUUUGUGAUUUUGGAUCCGUAUAGGACUGUCUUUACUUUCUUGAUCCUUAAUAUGCAAAUAUUUUCAGAACUAGAGAGCCUCUUGUAAUCUUUCCUCUGUUUAUAUACAACUUUAUUCUCAAAUAUUUAGUCACAACUUGUCAUUGAGUAUUGACAAACAUUAGUAUGGUAUGGAAAAAGUUGCAGGAAAAGAGAGGAAUAUAUUUAUAUGACUGAAACUGAUAUCCAUCUUUGUUACAACAUAUUACAUUUUUUUUUUGGGUAUUUUAACCCGAACCUAACUCAUGUGAGGUGUUAAUUAAGCACAGCUUUAACGUUAUCCCCCCCAAAAAAGGAUCUUAUAAAAAUAACCAACAAAAAAUAUUCAACGUGUAAUGGAGAAGAUCUCAUUUUUCUUGGCCUGAGAGUUGAGAAUCUCCACCAUCAAGCAACUUAUCUUU